AUGUCUGCUCCAAAGCCAUCUUCCACUGGCACUGUCAAUCCUGCUGAGAAAUCCGAAGUUGGCGGCACUUCUUUCCUCGACCUGCCACUUGAGCUGCGUGAGAUGAUAUACGAUCUAUGCGUACCAAAGAAGCGGGGCACACAGUACUUCUGUUUGCCCGUCCAGCCUCAGUCCAAGCCUGUAGUGGUGGGAAUCGGCCUGUUGAGAUGUUCAAAACAAAUCUACAAUGAAAUCUCUCAGCGCUUGUGGCUCUGGAAAGCGAUCUGGCAAGUUUCCUUUGCGCACCCUCCUAAACAAGCGGAACUUAGUACCGUUUUAGACUGUUCACUUGCCAUGUCUAGUCUUCACGAUCUAGCGAUUGCAAAGAUUCAGGAUCUCCAUAUUAAAUUCAGCAUAAACACCAGUACCGAUGCGACGCUCAGAGUCUGUGGCUUGGAGGUACUGCUGAAGCUCAAGUCACUUUGGAUCCUUUCAAUCUUCAUCGAGUUGACGACCAGUCCCAAUGAUCCUCCAAUCAGAGGAGCGAGUGAUCUUGAGAACCUGCCCUUAGUCACCGGGCUCGUAAUUCGUGUCCUUUCACAUAUUCCCACCUCCAUUAAACACGUAGGAUGGCACAUCUACCAUGGGUCCAUCCCGAGGAGAAAGUAUUGCCCCUUCCUCCAGCACCUCGCCUCACAGUAUGAGUCUCUGAGAGGAUCGGCCUACGCAUCUCAACAAACACAAGCCCAAGCCCAAGGAGAUCUUGUCGACUACGGACGUUGA